CGAACGUAAAUAUCAAGUGUUUGUGUCGAGCCUUCGGUGUCAAGAAAUUUUGAGCAAGAAAAAGCAACCAGCGAACCAAAAUGGAGCUAUCGGAAAAAUCCCAGUCGCGAAAAACCGACGGUCCUUUGAUCGAUUUCGACGAAUACGACAUGCCCGAAGACACCAAGAAGUACUUACAGUCACUGAACAUAGCCGAUUCCAUAUCAUUCCCCACCAGCAGCAGCGCGGAGAACCUCAAAAACGUCCCAUCAACGUCCAAAAUCUCCAUGAUCAGCGACACCCAAACCACGCAGAACUUCCUCAAGGAGUUCGAGGCCUUCUACAGCGACAUGAUGGGCAAAGUGAAGGGCCUCAAGUCCGUCCCGGCGCUGAAGAAACCCCACUACAAGGACGCCGACUCCAUGGACGGCACCAAGCUGAUGAAAAACCUGAAGAACUCGCCCGAAAUCCAGGAGCAAUUGGACGCCAUCAAGCAGCUGGACGACGACAUUCAAUCGGUGAUCACCGAAUACCAAAGCGAAAAAUCGGACAGGCUGGACACCCAACUGGAAAUGUGCAACGAAAUCGCGCACGGCAACAAACAACCCGACAGGGACGCCGAACUGUUCCUCAAUCUCUGCCAAUUCGAGUUCUCCGACAACAAAAAGGACGACAACAAAGAGGACCAGCCGGUGGAAUCGCCGGAUAAAACCAAAAAGAAACCCAAAACAGCCGCCAAACAACAAGAUUUCGUCCUAAGAAACAUCUAUCUGGCCAAACGCGGCGGGUAUACUCACUCAUCUCUAACCGACGAAGAAAAAGUCAAGCUCGAAGAUAUCCUUCAAUACGACGAAGAAAACAACCAGAAACGACAACAAAAGUCUCCUUUCACGCUCACCAACAGCCACAACGAACCCAGCAAGUACUUCUCCAACGCUUACCUGUUUUCGGAGGAAGACCGGAAGAAAAUCGACGACAUCGAUACCGAGUUGGAGAAGUUUAAAUUAGACGAAGCCGCUAGCGAGAAAAAUCAGUCGGCUCGCUCCGAAGAUAGCACGGAAAGCGUCGAAGCAUUCAGAAAAUUGAACAAGAAAAUGCUGAAAAACAAACUGAAGAUGCUGGAAGUUCGGUUGAAAGAGCUGAAAGAAGCCGAAGAUAGAGAUUUAAAAAAGCUGAAUAAAAUACAAAGUCCAUCCGCGGUAGACGUGGAUGAUGAAAACAUCGAAGAUUUUCCUCCUAUAUGCAGUUUGUUCGAUGACGAAGAGAACAAAGAAGAUGCUGAACAAUCGACAGAAGAAGUUAACGAUUCGGAUGAUGAUGAGGAAGUCGAUGAUGAGGAACUCGACGAUGACGAUUGUAAGCCUGCUAAUAAAUUUGAUGGUACAUGUGAUGAUAAGUCUGAUGAUUGUAAGCCUGAUGAUAAAUUUGAUGGUACAUGUGAUGAUAAGUCCGAUGAAGAGUCCUUCGGUUUGGAGGACGAGGAAUAUCAUUUCGAGAUGGUCGAUGAUGAUGACGAUUUUGAUGAUGAUGAGGUCUAUUCGAGUAACAACCUUACUUGAGCGAGGAAAUGCGUAUUAAUUUAAAUUUUUUGUAUGUUAAUUUAUCGUAUUUUAUAACGUAUAAACUUAUUUUUUUUAUAAUACUCAUAAAAUUGGAUUUGCCACAAGUUUAAAAAUUUCCUGUUUAGUCUAGCUCUAGGCGCACCUA